AUGUCUUCGGGAACGUCGGGUGCCAGCCGAAAGAAAGCUCUUUUAAAGGUGAUUAUUCUUGGGGACUCUGGGGUUGGAAAAACAUCGUUAAUGAAUCAAUAUGUGAAUAAAAGGUUCAGUAAUCAAUACAAAGCGACAAUUGGUGCUGAUUUCUUGACUAAGGAUGUCAUGAUCGAUGAUCGGAUGGUAACAAUGCAGAUUUGGGAUACUGCUGGACAGGAACGGUUCCAGUCAUUAGGCGUUGCAUUUUACAGAGGUGCUGACUGCUGCGUCCUUACUUACGAUAUAACAAAUGCAAGUUCUUUCAAAAGCCUUGACUCUUGGCGGGAUGAGUUUUUAAUCCAAGCAAGCCCACGUGACCCUGAACAUUUCCCGUUUGUGCUUCUUGGUAACAAAAUUGAUCUGGAGACAAAUCGAGCUGUCAAUUCGAAACGGGCGCAGUCGUGGUGUCAGUCGAAAAACAAUAUCAAAUAUUACGAAGUAUCCGCCAAAGAAGCUGUAAAUGUUGAGCAGGCCUUUAUUGAGAUUGCCAGAGACGCUCUGCAAAGAGAGGCUCGUGAUGUGCAAGAUUUCCCCGAGUUCCCAGACCAAAUCCGUCUUGAUAAUCGGCAAACUUCACAGCCGUCUGGUGGUUGUAACUGUUAA